GAAGAACUUAACCUUGUUUCAAAUUUACAAAAGAUAAAUAAUAAAUUACGAGAUCAUAAUCAGAAGCUGAUAUCAUUAGAUUUCAAGAUCCUUAUUUUAAGGAAGUGUUAUUUGUAGAAAACACAAAAACAUGUCUACAGGAACUGUACUUCCAAAUGAAGCACCAGAACAUUGUCCUGGUGUCAACAGUGAAAGUGCAGGAAAAGCCUCUGCUUGUGCAGGUUGUCCCAAUCAGAAUAUCUGUUCAGAACCAAAGGGUCCUGAUCCAGGUAUACAGCUGGUGAAGGAACGCCUCUCAGAAGUUACCAAUAAAAUACUGGUGCUUUCAGGGAAGGGAGGAGUUGGUAAAAGCACAGUUACAGCUUUACUAAGUAGAACUUUAGCAGCUGAUGAUAGUGAAAGAAAUGUUGCUGUACUUGAUAUAGACAUUUGUGGACCUUCUCAACCACGUGUUUUAGGAGUUGCUGAUGAACAAGUUCAUCAAUCAGGUUCAGGAUGGUCCCCUGUGUAUGUGGAAGACAAUUUAUCAGUGAUGUCUAUAGGAUUUCUCUUGGGUUCUCCUGAUGAUGCAAUCAUCUGGAGAGGGCCCAAAAAAAACGGGAUGAUUCGUCAAUUUCUGAGUGAAGUAGACUGGGGGAAACUAGAUUUCCUGUUGAUUGACACACCACCAGGUACAUCUGAUGAACAUUUAUCAGCUGUCACUUAUUUGUCAAAAGCUGGACUUUCUGGGGCAAUAAUUGUAACAACUCCACAAGAAGUGGCUCUCCUGGAUGUUAGAAAAGAAAUUGAUUUCUGUAGAAAAGUCAAUGUAGAGAUACUGGGUGUUAUCGAAAAUAUGUCUAGUUUCAUUUGUCCUAAUUGUGAUAAAUCUUCGGAAAUAUUUCCUGUAACCACAGGAGGAGCAAGGAAAAUGUGUGAAGAUUUGAGGGUUCCUUUCCUUGGCAGUUUGCCUUUGGAUCCGAGAAUUGCUAGAUGUUGUGAUGAAGGGAGAGAUUUCAUAACAGAACUUCCAGAUUCUCCAGCAUUGAAAGCUUCCAGUGAAAUUGUUAAAAGGGUACUUGAGUCAUGCAAGCAACAAAAACAGUGAGGAAUGUUCAGGUAAUAUGGUGAUCUGAAUAACUCUGUUGUCAUUUUACUCAAUAGAUUUAUAUAAUUAUUUUCCAAUAAGUACUACAUACUUGAUUAAAACUAUUUAAUCACAAUCAAAUAAAAUAUUUCAUAAGUCUUAAAAUCAGUUCUUAUUGGUAACUAUGAAAUAAAAAAGGCUAUCCUCUUGGCACUUUUGUUCUUUAUCACAAUACUAAAGGGAUAAAGGAAAGUACACUUAUGUGAAUUUGCAACAUUUAUGUCAAUAAUUGCUGAAUUGAAAGCAUAAAAAGUAAUGGUCCAAAUUUGGCAAUGUAAUUGCUUGUGUGAGGGUGUGAUAAUUUUCCAUUCAUUUUUUCUAAUACUUCCUUUUAAUAGAGCAGAAUGCAGAUCAGCUGGAGUUGAAAGAGAAAAAAAAGUAUUUCCAAUCUAUCCUUGUCUACAGUAUUCCAACAUGAAAUAAUGAAAAUGUUAUGUUGGCAACACUGGAAAUGAGAAGAAAUGGAGAAGAAGACCAUUCUAAACAUGUUUAUAUUGAGCUUAAUAUGAUCUCAAUUUUUUCCCAUUUGCACUGAAGACAAUGACAUAUGGAAAGACCUUUUUUUCUCUCUCAAUGCCAGCUGGACUGCUCUAUUAAACCAAAGAAUAGUAGGUUAGUAUUAAACUGCAUAAUAGUACCGAGUACCGAUUCGAGUGUGAAGGCCUCAAUGCAUAUCAAAUAUUGUAGUUUUCAGGGCAUUUUCAUGUGCUAUUUCUUUCACAAAGGUUUUGUCAAAUUCGCACAGGUACUUACCUUGAAUUACAAUCUAUAAAAUUUCGCAAUUAAAAUCUUUGGAUAAAAUACAUAAUUUGCAUGACACAUCAUAUGUAAAGCUAAUGGUUGAAAUGGAUGGAUUCCUUCCCAUAUUUAUGUGAUAAUAAAAUUACAACUUAUUAUUCACUUCCAGUUGAUAAGAAAAGAUUUCUUCAAGUCCAUGUCCAAUUCAUCAAUUACCAA